AUCGAGUUCGAUAUAGCGAAAACAGAGCUAAUCCACUUUACAAAAAAGAAAGAGAGAAAAGAAAUACCCCUAGAGCUCCCUAGUAAGGAGAAAAUCUACCAUAAAGAUACUAUUAAGUGGCUAGGGGUACACCUCGACAACAAGCUAUCCUUCCGAGGACACGUAGCUAUCCGAGCCUGCCAAGCAAAAGCAGCUUUUAAUAGACUAGGGAGACUAGCGAAUAUAGACCGCGGUCUAUCUCCCUACGCUAUCCGA